UUUCUCUCUUCCUUCUUUCUCUAAUGUCUAAAACAGUCUUCUUCUUCUUCUUCUUCUUCUUCUCCGUCUCUGCUUUUCAAUUUCAAUUAACCACCUCUUCGUCUCUGGUAACAACAACUCCGCCGGAGUCUCUUUCUAAUUUUACUUUUAUGUGAAAAUUUGCCAUAUUUUUACUGUUUAAAUCCAUGAUAACAAUUUUGGAUUUUUGAUCGGAUGUGAGAAUUCAAAGUUUCUUUUUCUUUCCCAUUCUUCUUCAUCAUUUUAGUAUUAAAUAGGAGAAACAAAAAAAAAAAAAAAGUUUCUUUCUGUUGUAUCGGAAUCUAUGGGGGAAGCAAGUAGACAACAAAGGGCAUGGAACAGAGAAAUGACCGUUACGCCAAAUCUUUCUCUAGACAUAAAUAAAUACCCGAGAGAUCUGUCACGAGGUUUCAUUUCUGAAAACGGUGUUGGAAGUGGAGGUGUAGGUGUAGGAGUAGGAGGAGAAACAGACUGCGAUGACGAGGCUGCGAUCGAGCUGAAUCUUGGUUUGUCUUUAGGAGGUCGAUUCGGAGUUGACAAGACUCCUCGGAAGCUCAAACGAUCUUCCUCUGUUAUCGGGACUCUUCCGUUUGAUGACUCUACGGCGACUGUGACGGGGAUGGAGGAGGCCGAGCCGGAGAAUUACACUGUCGGUUUAGUUAGAACGACGUCGUUACCGGCGGAGAUGGAAGAGGAAUGGAGGAAAAGGAAAGAGAUGCAGUCUUUGAGGAGAAUGGAAGCUAAGAGAAGGAGAUGCGAGAAACAGAGUUUUAAAGUUGGGAAUUCUGAUGACCAAACGGUGUCCUUUGAGAAUGAGAGAUGGGUCACUGCGAGCAAAAGUGGGUUCUUGCAGAGACAUUUGGUUUCUUCUAAUAGACAACUCUGUGUUGAUUCCGAUGGAGGAGGAGGAGGCGGAGCAACUGGAGGAGGUAGCUCAUCUAGCUUAUCAGAGCUGGACAACAAGAAUCAACAAGGAUCAUCAAACAGUUGUAAUGAUGAAAGAAGCCCGAAGAUCGUGGCUGGAUGUUCAUCUAAUAGCGGAAGCAACGGAACAGAGAAACAGAAUAGUGUGACAAGAGGCAACAAAGUGAAUGAGAAUGAGAAUGAGAAAGGACUGAGACGAGAGGACUCGGUUGAUAGGAAAGGCAAAGGGAUGAUGGCUACCUCUACCACUGGUUUGUUCGACAUGCCGUGUGUGUUUACGAAAGGGGACGGGCCAAACGGAAGACGAGUUGACGGGAUUCUAUACAAGUACGGGAAAGGAGAGGAAGUGAGGAUAAUGUGCAUUUGCCACGGCAGUUUCUUGACACCAGCUGAGUUUGUUAAACACGGUGGCGGAGGAGAUGUGGAUCGUCCUCUUCGCCAUAUCGUUGUCAACACUUCUUCUUCGACCUUUUAAAAUCGAAGAAUCGGUACAAAAAAAAAAGAAAACGGAUGCGGUCUUUUGUUCUUUGUUUUCAUUUUUCUCGUUGUUUUUUUAUCUUUUGGAUCUUUGGUUUCUUGGCUAUAAGAAUGAAUGCCAAAUCCCAAAUCGUGAUGAAGAUCAAGAUUUUCAUGUUUUUUUUUUUUUUUUUUUUUUUUUUNUUUUCUCUAGGGUGUAAUAUUUGUGAACAUGAAAGUAUCAUCAUCAAAUGAUUCUUUCUCUA